AUGAAAACAGGCCACACCCCGGCCGGCCGGGCCCGUGGUUCGCCGGUGCGCAGUCGCGCGCGCCCUGCCGCGCAUGAGCAGUGCCGUCCCGAGCCCGCCAGCCACGGUCUCCGGCGCCAGCGACGCCGUUGCCGCUGUCACUAUGGCCCAUUACAAAGCCGCCGACUCGAAGCGCGAGCAGUUCCGGAGGUACUUGGAGAAGUCGGGGGUGCUGGACACGCUGACCAAGGUGUUGGUAGCCUUAUAUGAAGAACCAGAGAAACCUAAUAGUGCUUUGGACUUUUUAAAGCAUCACUUAGGAGCUGCUACCCCAGAAAAUCCAGAGAUAGAGCUGCUUCGCCUAGAAUUGGCAGAAAUGAAAGAAAAAUAUGAAGCUAUUGUAGAAGAAAAUAAAAAACUGAAAACAAAGCUUGCUCAGUAUGAACCACCUCAGGAGGAGAAGCGUGCUGAAUAGGAUUCUUCUCAGUUGAAAAGACACUGAAAUGGCAGCUAGAGAGAUCUGUGAGACUUGGGAUGCACCUGCGGCGGGCUCCCCUGCAUCUGCUGUUCUGGUUUCUGUACUGCGGAAUAACUUGGAACAAGUAACUCAUCUUUGCCACCACUUUGCCUUAGAGAACUCUGUGUGUGCCAGCUGAACUCUGACACCACGUUUUCCUUCUAUGCAAUCAGUGCACUCUCUGAUACUGUUGCCUUGCUUUGCUCAGUGCCUCCUUGGGUCCCAGCUGCACACUGGCCUUUCUGUGUGUUUAGGAACAGCAGUUACGCUGAUUGUACUUGAUAGAACUUUAUACAGAUCACACUGUUCUCCUGCCUUACUGCAUUGUUUAACAUUGAGCACAACAACAGAGGGAAUAGAGAUUAGGGGUCCACACGCACAAGCUGAAAUGCAGAGGGAAAGGAGCCACACACUGUGGGUGUAAUCACAGUGCUCCCCCCACCUUCAUUUUUUCCCCUAACCUUGAAUUCAUUUUAUCUUCAUUAUCCCUGUGAAGUAGGUAGGGCAAACCUGAGAGGAGGUUGGGUGUUGAAAUUUUGGGCCAAAGACUGAUGUUGAUACAAAAUGUGCACUAACUGUAGAACUUGGGCACAUCAGUUUACUGUUGGGAGACACUGUCCUCAUCUGUCAAAUGAGAAGACUGUCUGUGCUGCCUACCUCACAGGGUUGUUGUGAGGGUCAAAUGAGAAUGUAUGUGAAAGAUUUGUAAAUGGUAAAGCACUGUAUUGUCUGUCAGUCCUUUUCUCCCCAAAGACCUGUAGUUAGAUGUUUGUUUCACUGCUCACGGAUAGACAUUUUAAAGAAGCUUUACUUCAUGUA